AUCAGAAACAAGGAAAACCCUAUUCACUCUCCAUUCCCAACUCAUAUCUCAGAAGAGUGUCUCUUUGGUUACAUCUUCAUUUCCUAUAUUUGAUAUUUCCUUCUUUCCCACGAGCGAAUCAUGUCAGUUAUCGGAGAGGUUGCUUUAUCCGUUUUGUUUGAGGCGCUGGUUAACAAGAUAACCUCCUCUGAUUUGUUGAAGAUCUUUCAGCAAGAACAAGUUCAUGUUGACCUCAACAAGUGGAAGAAAACGUUAUCAAAAAUCCAUGCAGUUUUGGAUGACGCAGAAGAGAAGCGGGAAACAAGCAGGUUGGGGAAGAUCUUGCUGGACGAGCUGGAAGAGUUGGCAUAUGAUGCGGAUGAUAUCUUGGAUGAGUUUGCAACCGAAGUUUUGCGACGUAUGUUAAAUGCAGAACCCAGCACAAGUAAGGUAAGAAAGUUCAUCCCUGCUUGUUGUGUGGGUUUGAGUCCAAGUUCUUUUAUGUUCGAUGCCAAUAUGCGGUCCAAGAUUGCAGAUAUUGACUCGAGACUACAAAGAAUUGUGACAGAAAAUAAUGGUUUGGAUUUGAGAGGAUGCACUGGGGGAAGGAUUGGAACAAAAAGAUCAAGGGUGCCCCCUACUUCUGUGGUGAACGAAGACCAUACUUAUGGCAGGGAUGAGGACAAAGAGAAUAUCAUCAAGUUAUUGAUGAGUGGUGAAUGUAGUCGUGCUAAACUCUCUGUGAUUCCCAUAGUUGGUAUGGGAGGUCUGGGUAAGACAACUCUUGCCCAACUAGUGUACAAUGAUGAUGAUGUGAGCAGUUAUUUUGAUUUGAAAGCAUGGGUUUGUGUUUCUGAAGACUUCGACAUUGUAAGGGUGUCAAAAGAAAUUCUAAAAUCUAUCACUCCUGAGCCCUGCAAUGAUGGUGAUGGUUUAAACUCAAUACAAGUCAAAUUGAAGGAGAAAUUAAAUGGCAAGAAAUUUCUGAUCAUUUUGGAUGACGUUUGGAAUGAAGACUACAAUAGUUGGACUCAACUAUGUUGUCCUUUUGAAUUUGGAGCUCUAGGAAGUAAGAUUAUUGUCACCACUCGGAGUCAUGAGGUUUCAAAAAUAAUGGAAACUACUUCACCUUACAAGUUGAGAGAGUUGUCAAAUGAUGCUUGCAGGCGUCUAUUUCUCCAACAUGCACUAGGGUCAACAGAUUUUGUUGCGCAUCCAGAACUUGAGGAAAUUGGUAGAGAAAUUUUGGAUCUAUGCAAGGGAUCACCUUUGGCAGCAAAAGUACUUGGAGGUGCUUUACGCACUGAACGCAAUCCUAAUGAAUGGAAAAAGGUGCUAAAUAGCAAGAUUUGGGAAAAAAACGAUAUUAUUUCUGUUCUUGAAUUGAGCUACCAAUACCUCCCUUCACAUCUAAAGAGGUGCUUUGCAUAUUGUUCACUAUUCCCAAAAGAUUAUGAAUUUGAGGAGAAUGAGCUUGUCUUGUUAUGGAUGGCAGAAGGUUUGGUUCAAGAAACGGAAAGAAACCAGUCAAUGGAAGUUCUUGGUGCUGAGUAUUUUCAUGAUCUACUCAUGAGAUCAUUCUUUCAACAAUCAAGCAAUAAUGGAUCACUCUUUGUCAUGCAUGAUCUUAUCAAUGAUCUAGCUCGAUGGGCAGCAAGGGGCUUAUUCUAUAGAAUGGAAGAUAAAUUGGGCAAUAAUAAGCAAUUUGAGAUUUCUACAAAGGUACGACAUUUCUCUUACACUCCAUGUUUUUGUGAUGGCAUCAAAAAGUUUGAAAACUUCCCCAAAAAUAUGCAUUUACGAACAUUCUUACCCGUACCAAUCGAGUUGUCAAGCUACUUAACAAACUAUGUUCCUAAUUGUUUGUUGCCACAACUAAGAUGCUUAAGGGUAUUAUCUUUAUGCGGAUAUAAUAUCAUUGAGCUACCAAGCUCAAUCAGUGAUCUAAAACAUUUAAGAUACCUCAACCUUUCUAAUACUCCAAUUAGAAGUUUACCAGAAUCAACAAGUUCUCUAUACAAUUUGCAUACAUUGAUAUUGAAAGAUUGUUGGUAUCUCAAAAAGUUACCUGAGAAAAUUAGGGAUCUAGUUAAUCUUCGGUAUCUCGACAUUAGAAAUGCCGAUUUAAUUAGAGAAAUGCCGGUGGGAAUAGAAAAAUUAAAGAACCUACAUACGCUAUCCAAUUUUGUUGUGGGGAAAGAUAAUGGAUCCAGGAUAGGAGACUUGAUGAACUUGGAGUUUCUUCGGGGAAGACUUUGCAUUUCAAGUUUGGAGAAUGUGCUUGAUGUUGAGGAUGCAAGAAGGGCCAAUUUAAAUGGUAAGAAGAAUUUGGAUGCACUAGAGAUCAAAUGGGGGACACCUAGUGAUUUGCAAGAUGCAAGCAUUGCGAAAGAUGUUCUUGACAUGCUACGACCUUGGACAACGGUGAAAGAACUUUCAAUUGAUGGCUAUGUUGGUGUGCAAUUCCCAACAUGGUUAGGAGACCAUUCAUUUUCUCAUAUCGAGGACCUAAAGAUUGUCGGAUGUAAACAAUGCAAAUUCUUACCUGCUAUUGGACAUCUAUCCUCUCUUAAAUUCCUUGUCAUUAAGAGUAUGUCUAUGGUGUUGACUAUUGGUCCUGAGUUUUAUGGGGAAGAUUUCUUGAAAUCUUUUCAAAAAUUAGAAACACUUCGCUUUGAAGAUAUGCAAGAAUGGCAAGAUUGGAUUCCUUGUGGAGUUGAGUAUGGAGGAUUCCCUCGCUUGCGUGAGCUUUUUAUCUCUCAAUGCCCCAAAUUGCAAGGGAAAUUGCCACACUGUCUCCCAUCAUUGGAAAAAUUUUCUAUUAGUGAUUGUGAGCAGUUGGUUGUUUCAAUUCCAAGCCUUCCAAUGCUCCAUGAAUUAGAAAUUGUGGGGUGCAAAGAGGUGGAGAGCAAUAAUAUAGAAGAGUUAUGCUUGCUGGAGUCGAUUACUUUUUCUAUUCCAGGUCUUAAAAGCUUAUCAAAGGAGUUCAUGGAAGGGUUAGAAAAGGUAAAAGAUCUAAAUAUAUAUAAUUGUAAUGAGCUAACAUCUUUGUGGCAAGAUAGUCUCAUUUCCCUUGUUAGGCUGGAAAUCAAGUCGUGCCCAAGUCUCAUCAACAUCAGCUUGACGUCAACAUUAAAGACAUUGAAUAUUAAUCGUUGUGGUGCUUUAAAAUCCCUACCAAUGUCCAAUUGUACAUGCCUAGAAUAUGCAACUAUUGCGAAUUGUAGUUCUUUGAUGUUCAUUUCAAAACGCCAGCUACCUCCAACUUUGAAAAGUCUAGAGAUAAAUGAUUGCGAGAAUUUGCAAUUUUUGAUAGACGAGGGAGAGGCUUCUUCUUUAUUAUUGAAAGAGGAGAGUAUUUACAGUAAUGCAUCUCUUCUUGAGCACUUGGUUAUUAGAAAUUGUCCAUCUUUAAAAUGUGUACUAUUAAGAGGUGACCUAUUUGUGAAGCUUAAAGUCCUUGUGAUUUGGAAUUGCUCAGAGCUGACAUCAUUAUCAUCAAGUAACCAGUUACCUAUUGCCCUUAAAAAACUUCAAGUAUAUGAUUGCCCAAAGUUAGAGUCAGUGGCGGACAACUUACACAAUAACGCGUCUCUUGAACGUCUUGGAAUCAGUAAUUGUAAAGAGAUUAAAUUCUUACCGGAGGGCCUACACAAACUCUGCCACUUGAAUGACAUAAGCAUAGGAGACUGUUGUAGUCUUGUUUCAUUUCCGGAUGGAGGGUUUCUCCCCACUCACCUUACAAAUCUUUGGAUCUGGUGUUGUGAGAAACUAGAGGCCUUGCCCCGCAUGCAUAUGGUCACUACUCUUCUAAUAUAUAAAUGUCCAAGCAUAGUAUCCUUACCAGAAGAGGGCUUACCGACAAACCUAAAGGAACUUUCGUUGGGAGGGAUGACUAACUGUAAGCAAGUAUUUGAAUGGGGAUUACACAGACUCUCGUCUCUUACAGAUCUCACCAUUUGUGGUGAUGGAUUUGCGGAUUGGCAGUCGUUUCCUGAGGAGGAAGAUGGGAAGAUGAUUCUACUGCUACCUACCUCUCUAACCUACCUGUCGAUCAAAGAAUUUCCAGAUAUAGUGUUCCUAUCCUCCAAGUUAUUUCAAAACCUCUCUUCACUUGAACACUUGUCGAUCUGGGAUUGCCCUAAAUUCGCAUCCCUCCCAGAGAACGGCCUGCCUCCCUCACUUCUGCAACUACGAAUUUAUGAAUGUCCAGUGCUGGAACAACACUGCAAGAAAGGAAAAGGGCAAGAGUGGUUGAAGAAUAUCAUCAACAUCCCUUGCGUUGACAUUGGGGGGAGAUCCAUCUACGAGUUGCAGGAGGAGGAGCAGCAAUAAUUGUGUAGCAGCAGAGGCUAUCUUCUCAACUCCAAAAUAUUCUUCUCAAAUUCCUAAAAUUUGGAGGUUAUAUAUUGUGUUGUGGAACAUGUUUAUCUGUGGGCAUGUACGGAAUGGAGGGAUGGCUUUUUAAUACUAUGCCUGAGUGGCUGAGUCAAAUGUUAUUUUAACUAGAGAUCAUGCCUUGGCCUUGAAUAGAUGAUAGAAGCAUUGUCACCUAUGUUCUACAGAUGGGCAGCCACUCUCAGGUUUUUUUUUUUUUUUGGUUAAUAACUCUUUGGGCAAUUUGGAAAUGCAAGAGUGAGGGCAUGCUUGAAGGGAAGGCUGUCAAUGCUUUUCAAGCUCUUAACUACUGCAAGCACAUGGUCAUGAUCUGUCAAGAAGAAGCAGUGCCUGUGAAUCAUUUUUUAAGAAGUUUUAUACCUCCUGUUUGCAAUUGGACACAAUUUGUUGAUUGUUGAGAACGGCAAGAGCUGAUUUCAGUGGAAGUUUUCUAGUGAGGUGCAAGCUUCUGUGCAAAGAUUGAAUGGGGAACCAAAUUGCAAGAGGCUGUUUUUGUUGGAUGACUAGUCCUUAGUCAAUUUGUGAGGCUUUAUCCUUUGUACUUAUGAAAGGCGUGGUGGCUGCACUUUUACUUACUAGAAGGUCUGAGGUUUGUAGCCUUUGUUAUGGAAAGCAAAUGCCAAGCUGGGAGAUAUAAGCUGUUAAGAAAGACAUUGCUUGAUCUGCUGCGUUCGCGAUUUUGUAAGCUCCCGGUUUGGUAAUUCUAGUCAGUGUCCUAUUUAAAGCAUAUAGCCCGGUCCUCUUUUUAUGCAACUUUUAUGUUAAACAUGCCAUCAACUAAUCGUGGCUUAAAGAAUAUCCUGGACAGCAUUGCACAUUGUACUUGAAAUCAUAGUUUUAAGAUAUACCUCUAUGGUGAAUACUAAAUUAUAUUAGCUGCGGCUUUAUUAUUGAUGGUUGGAUGCAAAGUGGGCCAGUCAUCCAGCAUUAGAUUGUCUUAUUGGAUUCUUGCAAAGAUGGUCACAUUAGUUAAAUUCUGGCAUCAGGCUCAUAUCCACUUUCAAGGAUUUCACAAUGGACCAAUAAAAUAAGGGUCAAUACUUCUUUGUUUGCUAUUGAAUGAAAUGAAGCAGCCUAUAUGUAAGGAUACAUCCCCCAACACAAGGUUCUAUAUCGUGCUGUGGAACAUGUUUAUGAGUGGGUAUGUAUGGAAUGGAGGGAUGGCUUUUCAAUAGUACGCCUGACUGGAAUGUUCUUACCGUUAGAUCUGAAUUUUUUGAAUCAAAUUCCAUUAAUAAUUGGCUCUCUAUUUGUGUGGGAUGGAGUGAGAGCAUGCUUGAAGGGAAGGGCUGUUAAUGCUUCUAAGCUUUUAACUACUGCAAGCACUUGGUCACUUGGUCAGGAUCUGUACUUGCAAUCUGUUGUAAACCUCCUGUUUGCAAUUGGAAACGGUCUGUUGAUUGUCGAGAAUGACAAGUGCUGAUUUCAAUGGAUGUAAAUACCAAAAGAGAAUGUUGUUGUUAUGGUUCAAGCUUUCUAUGCAAUGAUUGAAUGGGGAACCAAAUUGCAAUAGGCUGUUAUGGUUGGAUGGCUUAGUUGAAGUCCAUAAUCCUUUAUCAGACAAUUUGUGAAGCCUUGUCCUUUGUAUUUUGAAAGGCGAGGUGACUGCACAUGUACUUAACGGUGGCUUUUUGGUUUGCAGCCCUUGUUAUGUAAAGCAAAUUCCAAGCUGGGAGAUACAAGCUAUUGAGAAAGACAUUGCUUAAUGUACUGCGUUCACGAUUUUCUAAGCUCUCAGUUUGCUAAUUGUUCAGUUUUCAGUUUGGUGCACAUAGCCUGGUCCUCUUCUUAUGCAACUUUUAUGUUAAACAUCGUAUGUACUGAUGACAAGUUCAAGCUUAACAGUUUUAAAAAUAUAGUCAAGGAUGCUGUUGACUUACCACCAUUUUGACUAACAGCUGCUUUAUGAUUGAUGGUAGGAUGCAAAGUGGGCCACUAAUCCCGCAUUGGAUUGAUUUAUUGAAUUCUUGUAAAGAUUGUCACAUUAGCUAAAUUCUGGUAUCAGAUAUUGAACGAAACAAAGCAGCCUUUUUGUAAGAAUACAUCUUCCAACAGAAGGGAAGUUUUACAUUGGUUAUGUGAUCUAAGGAGGCUAACCAGCUAUUGUAGAUAUUCUAAACCAUUGAAAACAUGGAAAUGGCGUAGCACUUCCACUCGUUUUGCAAGUCUGGCAUCUGCAAUUCCUAUAAGAAGCUCUCGGUAGCAAACACGAUGAAAGCCAAAAUCCUUUCUGUCUUCUAUGAAUUUUCUGUGCUUCAGUUCUGAGGAUCAUAAACUACCUAUCCAGCUUGACCUGCUUGUAAAUUGUAAUAUCUAUCCCUUUAAGCAUGUAUAUUAAUGAUAAGGCAUAUUAGGUUUACUAUACAGCUUCAGACUCUGGUAAUGAUGAAGCUUAUAGUCUUUGAAAUCCUGACUCAAACUAUUCAGUGGUGAAAACUCUUACUACUUGAGAGAUGUAUUAUUUUCAAUACAAAUGACCUUGGUCUGUUAAAGGUCAUUUGUUGAUCAUCAAAGAAUGCAACGACAACUAAUCGUGCAAUAAAUUAAUUUCGACCCUACUGAGGUCUGGAUCCAAGUCCAUAA